AACAUGGACACAUCCCAAAAGUAUCGCUCGAACAACGAAGUGGAUUCACCACAGAUCGAACAUGACAAGCAAGCCUUGCCUAGCAUCGAGAGUUUGUAUUGGGGUUUACAACAAAAUCAACAGAUCCAAGGAAUUGAACAAACCGGAGAGCCUAAUGGGGACAACCAACCGCCGCAAUUGGUUAUAGAUCAACUGAGUUAUGACCAACAGCAGCAGCAGCCGAAGCAAAAUUGUUUCGAUACACAUGGAAAUAUGGAUGAUAACAGAGGUCUGUACAAUCUCCCACAAGGAGCAGAAAAUGGAUCCGGACACCUUGUCGCGACUGAAUCCCAUCAGCUUCACCCACCGAACUAUAACCUGCAGCAAGCACAAACACCGCCUCCGACUAGACAUUCACAGUAUGUGGAUGCGGCUCCUCAAGCAUAUGGAUCCGGACAACUUGUCCCGGAAAAUCAGCGGCAACCGGAAUCGGCUCCAGAUCGGCCAUAUCAAAUUAUGAAUGUGGGUUGUAAUCCCCAGUCUGCACAGCAGCAUGCUCAAAUGGAGAUUCCCACCAUGUCUCAUCAACUCAUUGGAACAUGCCACAAUUGGCAAUCGGGCAGCCAGCAAGGGACUUCACAGAAUCGGAAGGACUUCGCUGGAAUGCAAAGUUGCUAUGGAAAGGAUCAGCACCACCAAUCUGCUCUAAAUGGAUACCAUCAACUGCAAGCUCAGCCGAAUUUGUAUCCACAACAUGUGAGCAACCAACGGCCGCAAUGGGCUAUGGAUCAACUGGGUUAUUACCAACAGCAUCAGCAACAAGGCCCAACGUGGUCUGAUCAGAAUGGAAAUGAGGGUGAUAACGGAGGUCUGUACAAUCACCCUCAAGGAGCAGAAAAUGGAUCCGGACACCUUGCCGCGACUGAAUCCCAUCAGCUGCUUCCACCGAGCAAUAACCUGCAGCAAGUCCAAAUACCGGCUCCGACUAGACAUUCACAGUAUGUGGGUGCGUCUCAUCUAGCAUAUGGAUCCGGACAACUUGUUCCGGAAAAUCAGCUGCAACCGGAACCGGCUCCAGAUCGGUCAUAUCGAAAAAUGAAUGUGGGUUGUAAUUCCCAGUAUGCACAGCAGCACGCUCAAAUGGAUCAAGUCAUUGGAACAUGCCACAAUUGUCAAUCGGACAGCCAGCAAGGGACCUCACAAAAUCGGGAUAACUUAGCUGGUAUGAAAGGUUGCUGUGUAAAGGAUCAGUACCACGAACCUGCUCCAAGUGGUUACCAUCCACCACAAGCUCAGUCAAACUGCUAUCCGAACCAUCCGCCUAAUCCGAAUAUGAAUGCAGGAGAUCAAGACAGACAGCAUGUACAACUGAAUUUCUACACUGAUCCAGGCUUUCAACAAAAUUCCCAUGUUCCGUAUGAAAUGCAGCAAGGUUUUCAAACAACGGGCAUGCAAGGUAGCUAUCAGCAAAAUAAUCAGCCGGAGUUAUUAUUCGAUUCGAAUAAUGGUAACCAAACGGUUAACAACGCUCCAAAUGGAAAUUACCAAGAACCAGUCUAUCCAUUGCUGCAAGAAGGACCUACCUGGAAUAACAAUGAUAAUCAUGACUACUUCCCCAGCGAUGACUCAAUGUCACAAACAUCACAAGAACCUGUUUCAGUUGAAUCCAUCAGGAAAAAGACAAAGCGUGCAAAAAACAAAUUGGAAGCAAGAAAGAGUCUACAAAAGAAGAAAGAUGACUUAAAAGCGAGCCGGAAGAGCUGGGAAGAGGUGAAAAUCAAUCAUAACAAUAUUCUAAGCAGCAAUAACUCUAACGAAGAAAAUAUCAAAACUGCAUUCGACCAGGUUCUAUAUCCAUGCUUCACAAAUCAGCAAGUAAUCGGAACGUUUAACAUCAUUCGAAGUUAUGAUGAGGUGCAGGAGGGCUUUGCACAAUUCGAAAAUGAUAAACAAAAUAUCAUUAGUAAAGUGGAUUAUUUGAUGAAAACUGAUCGAAAUCUGAAAAAGCUGAGAAUGGCCAAGGAGGUAUCAGAAAAACAAUGGGAACAGUUUGAAACUGACAAGAAAAACAGAAAAGAGGAUGACAAGAAAAACAAAAUAAAUGGAGGAAACAAAUUGAAUGGAAAAACAAAAAUUGUCAGUUCAAUAACAAUUGCAACCCGCUGUAGUCGGUCAAAAGACAAAAAGGAAACUGAUGCUUUCAAACACGAUGCGAAAGUUCUGAAAUUUGAAAGCUCGAAACAAACGCAAAUCAAGUUAUGUCUGAAAAAGUACUGUGACAAGUUUUAUCCGGGUGUUCGAAUGUUGUUGCAACACAAUUGGAAAUUCUUAAGGGAUAAUGCACUACACAGCGGACAAAGUGUGCAGCUGGAGAAAUUGAUCGAAUGUCUGAAGACUUUCCACUUAACGGAGCACGCUGAAAAAGAGCAUAAUUUGGAAAACUCUUGACAUUCUCAUUUUUAACUCCAUUAUUGUUUCUCAUAGCGAACUUUCAUAUUAAUAUAUCAAAAUUAUAAUCUAACAAUUCGUGUUGUUUUAAAACCUUUUCUUUUGCCUGCAUAUUUUAUUCAUUUUCUCUCUCAAACGCAAGAUAAA